AUGUGUGCAGGGCAGAGGGAGAUGGACAGCUAUCGGACUUUAAUUCUUCUGAUGUCCACAGUCACACUCACUACUGCGGGAGUGAGGCUGGUCGAUGGUCCUCGCUGCUCUGGGAGGGUAGAGGUGCUUCAUGGGAAGACCUGGACCACAGUGUGUGAUGCUGACUUUGACCAGCAGGAUGCAGAGGUUGUGUGUAGAGACCUGGGCUGUGGGCCUCCUGAGGAGGUGCUGGGAGCAGCUGCUUUUGGCAGAGGGGAGGGCCAGGUGUGGACAGAAGAGCUUCAGUGCAGAGGCAACGGAUCUGAUAUUUACUCUUGUCCGACAUCUUCAUACAAACACAGUUGCUCUCAUGACAACGAUGUGGGUCUGUUGUGUGCUGACAAUGUGAGACUGGUGGAUGGUAGUAGUCACUGUUCUGGGAGAGUAGAGGUUCUUCAUAGAGGACAGUGGGGAACAGUGUGCGAUGAUGACUGGGAUAUGAGAGAUGCUGCAGUGGUGUGUAGAGAGCUGGGCUGUGGGGAGGCUGUAGAUGUACUGGGUAAUUCUCACUUUGGACCAGGAUCAGGACCAAUCUGGAUGGAUGAUAUAGACUGUAGUGGAUCAGAGUCUACACUGAAGAACUGUAGAUCCGCAGGUUGGGGUAAACAUAACUGUAAUCAAACUAAAAAUGCUGGCGUUAUCUGCUCAGACAGUGUAAGGCUGAUGGACGGUGGUGGUCGCUGUUCUGGGAGAGUGGAGGUUCUUCAUAGAGGACAGUGGGGAACAGUGUGUGAUGAUGACUGGGAUAUGAGAGAUGCUGCAGUGGUGUGUAGAGAGCUGGGUUGUGGGGAGGCUGUAGAUGUACUGGGUAAUUCUCACUUUGGACCAGGAUCAGGACCAAUCUGGAUGGAUGAUGUGGACUGUACUGGAUCAGAGUCUACACUGAAGAACUGUACAUCAGCAGGUUGGGGUAAACAUGACUGUAAUCAAACCAAAAAUGCUGGAGUCAUCUGCUCAGGUCACAAAAUGCCCAGACUUACACAUGGUCCUCACCUGUGUUCUGGGAGAGUAGAGGUGCUUCAUGGGAAUACCUUGGCCACAGUGUGUGAUGCUGACUUUGACCAACAGGAUGCAGAGGUUGUUUGUAGAGAGCUGGGAUGUGGGCAUCCUAUGAAGGUGCUGGGAGCAGCUGCUUUUGGCAGAGGGGAGGGUCAGGUGUGGACAGAGGAACUUCAGUGUAGAGGCAACGAAUCUGAGAUUUCUCUCUGUCCAACAUCUUCAGUCAAACAGAACUGCUCCCAUUACAAUGAUGUGGGACUAAUAUGUUCAGGUCACACAGCAGUGCGUCUGUUGAAUGGCUGGGACUACUGUUCUGGUCGAGUGGAGCUCCUGUACCUCAGUGACUGGGGCUCAGUUUGUGGGGCUAGCUGGGAUAUGAAAGCUGCCAGUGUCCUCUGUGGACAGCUGAAGUGUGGGAGUGCUGUGGCUUUGUUGGCAGCGGACUGGUUUGGGGAGGGGAGUGGCCACAUCUGGGCUGAUGUUUUUGAUUGUCAUGGGAAUGAGACACACCUGUCAGAAUGUUCCAUCUCAUCAUGGAAUCGAGCAGCAUGCUCUCAUAAACAGGCUGCUGGAGUCAUCUGCAAUGGUUCCUCUCAGGCCUUUCAUGAGGGGCAAGUGCGGUUGUCUGGAGGGAGGGAGUGUCAGGGGCAGGUUGAGGUUUACUUCAGCCAGGACUGGAGGAGAGUUCUCCUGGACGCCUGGAGUGUGCCUGAGGCCUCAGUGGUCUGCAGACAGCUGGGCUGUGGCUCUGUGCUGAACUUCUCCAGCUCCUCUCCAUCCAGUCCUGAUCAACACAGCCACAUCUGUGUGACGGGUUUCAAUUGUUCUGGGAUUGAAGCUCAUCUGGGGAACUGCAGCAGUGCAAACCUCCUCAACCUCUCCUGCAGCUCCAUGGAACAGCUGUCAAUCACCUGCUCUGGUAUGUGUUACAUUAACCUAAAAACUGCCCACUCCUCCAUCAGGCUGGUUGGAUCUGGGGGAGACUGUGCAGGAAGGCUGGAGGUUUUCCUCAGUGGAUCGUGGGGGACAGUGUGUGAUGACUCAUGGGAUAUUGAGGAUGCCCAGGUGGUGUGCAGGCAGCUGCAGUGUGGAGUGGCCCUCAGUGCCUACGUACCAGCCUGGUUUGGUCCAGGAACCGGGCCCAUAUGGCUGAAUGAGGUGCAGUGUGAGGGAAACGAGACGUCCCUGUGGAACUGCAGGUAUCAAUCUGGGGGAAAGCAUGACUGCAGACACAAGGAGGAUAUAGGGGUCGUGUGCUCAGAGUUUAAAGAGAUCAGACUCACUGAGGGGUGUAAAGGGAAUCUGGAAGUGUUCUACAAUGGGACCUGGGGGAAUGUGUGUGUGAAUGAGAUGAAUGAAGAAACAGCAAGUUUGAUCUGUCAAGAGCUGAACUGUGGGAAAACAGGCAGGGAGUCUGGGGCCAGAGCAAGAGUGGAAUCAUCUCCUAACUGGCUGGAUCAGGUGAAAUGUAGGAAACAUGACUCCACUCUAUGGCACUGCCCAUCUGACCCCUGGGGGCACAAUAAGUGUGAUAAUGACAAGGAGGUGGCUCACAUUACCUGUUCAGAAGUUAAGAAUGAAAUGCUCAUGAAAAAACAUGUGAAAUGCUCUUCAUUUCCCCAUCAAAGACAGUGCUCAGUUCCGCUGCCUCUCAGGCUGAGUGGACCAGAGGGAAGCUGCUCUGGGAGGCUGGAGGUUUACCAUAACGCUGCGUGGGGCUCCAUCUGUGAUGAUCAGUGGGACAUCAGGGAUGCUGAGGUGGUCUGCAGGCAGCUGGGCUGUGGGAAGGCACUGAGUGCUAAUGGGAGUGCUGCCUUUGGUGCUGGUGAAGGGGUGAUCUGGUUGAACAGAGUGGAGUGUAGAGGGGAUGAGAUUCACCUGUGGGACUGCAGUUAUUCACUGAAGAACCACACUGAUUGCUCCCACAAAGAGGAUGCUGGCGUCACUUGUGCAGACAUCUCCCUGACCCCUGUGAUUACAAGUAAAGUAACCACCAACUCCAUCUCAGUUGGUAAAUCUGAGAUGAUAACAACCAGUCGACCUCUACCUCAACCAGUUACCUCUUCAGUGGUCCUGCUGGUACUGUGA